AUGGAAGAUAACCUUCCAGAUUCACAAACAAGUAAAGAAAAAGUGGAAGAAUCUACUCCUGUGAAUGGAGAAGAUACGGAAUCUCUCUCUAGCUCGCUAUCUAACCUGAAAAUAUCAGUAAGCAGCAACAUAUUUGACAAAUUACAGGAUUCUAAUGACAACAAGACUGAAGAACUCAGGCAGAAGAUAAUACAAAGGCUAUCUCUGACUCACCCAAAUUUGCAACCAAUUGAACAUAAAUUUUGGGACACACAACUAGUCAGCAAAUUGGACGAAGUUGUAACAACAAAUGAUUGCGGUCCAAUAAACCCGAAUCAACGUGUGGAGGACGUUAGAAAGGAUCCAUACCCGCUCCCCUCAGGAUUUGAAUGGGUAAUGCUGGACAUAACGAACGAAGAAGAAAGAACACAAGUAUACACACUUCUGAACGAAAACUACGUCGAGGACGGAGAUUCGCUGUUCCGGUUUGACUAUAAGCCGGAGUUCCUGCUAUGGGCACUGACGACACCAAAUUAUAAGAAGGAGUGGCAAAUAGGAGUGAGAGUGACAUCGUCGAAACUGUUGGUGGGAUACAUCACGGCAAUCCCAGUGACAAUAAACAUCAUGGGAAAAAACCUGAAGGCAGCAGAAGUCAACUUCCUGUGCAUACACAAGAAGCUGAGAACGAAAAGACUGGCGCCAGUGCUGAUCAAGGAGAUAACAAGAAGAGUUAACCUGUGCGGAAUAUGGCAAGCAGUGUACACAGCAGGAAUCGUCAUCCCGAAGCCAAUAGCAAGUUGCAGAUACUGGCACAGACCGCUUGACAUAAAGAAGCUGAUAGCAGCACGCUUCUCAGGAGUGGGAAAAAGAAUGACGAUAAGCAGAGCAGUGAGAAUAUACAAGGUGAAUGAAGUGGAAAACAACGAAAUGAGGCCGAUGGAAAAGAAGGACGUGUCGAGUCUCUACAAGCUGCUGAAGGACCACCUGAACGCCUUUAAGCUGUACCAAGUGUUCACACAGGACGAGGUGCACCACCUCUUCCUGCCACAAGAGGGGAUCAUUCACACGUACGUGAAGUCAGUGAACGGUGAGUCUGGGAGAAUAAAACCGCAUUCAGGGAACGUGACGGACAUGUGCAGCUUCUACUCGCUGCCCUCGAGCGUGAUAAACAACCCGAAGGUGGACAAGAUACGCGCAGCCUACUCAUUCUACAACGUCGCAGGCACGAUGACGUACAAGAGGCUGAUGGAACACGCACUCUUCUUCGCGAAGCAGAAGGAGUACGACGUGUUCAACUCGCUGGACCUGAUGCAAAACAGACACGUGUUCGAGGACCUCAAGUUCGGGAUGGGAGACGGAGACCUCCACUACUACAUGUUCAACUACCGAGUGCCGCUGGUAAGAGGAAAAAGGAUCAUAGAUUUUAGUUGA